UCACUGACAGCGAGUCACAUGACCGGGGACAAGAUAAUGACAGAGAGGAUACUGACCCACACCCUGCAGAUCAUGUACCUGCUGACAUGGGAGGUGCCUAUAAAGUGUGAUGAUGUUGCUGUGUAUUUCUCUAUGGAGGAGUGGGAGUAUAUAGAGGGACACAAGGAGCUUUACAAGGACGUCAUGAUGGAGACUCACCAAGCAGUAAGGACUAUGGAGAUCCCAGGAAAUGAGAGCUCAGAACUCACAGGUUACAGUGAUGAAAAUCUAGACACAGGAACACAUAGAGACCUUGUACAGAAUAUUCAGCCAUCAGAUGUCUCUGCAGGUUACAGUGAUGAAAAUCUAGACACAGGAUCACAUGGGGACCUUGUACAGAAUAUUCAGCCAUCAGAUAUCUCUGCAAAACUCACAGGUUACAGUGAUGAAAAUCUAGACACAGGAACACAUAGAGACCUUGUACAGAAUAUUCAGCCAUCAGAUGUCUCUGCAGGUUACAGUGAUGAAAAUCUAGACACAGGAUCACAUGGGGACCUUGUACAGAAUAUUCAGCCAUCAGAUAUCUCUGCAAGUGAAAAUGUUGCUAAGAUUUCAUGCAACACAGAACAAACAGAAGAUCAGUGGCUAAGAAAUAUGCCAGAACCACCAGAGCAGGAAAUAUGUGACAAUAUAGGUGAAUUUACAAACUGCAAUAAUCCUAGUCAUGAUCAGAGUGCAGAUUGUGGGAAAUGUUUUCUUAAGAAAUCACAUCUUUUUAAACAUCUACAAAUUUAUACAGGAGGAAAAGGAUUUUCAUGUUCUGGCUGUGGAAAAUGUUUUACUAAGAAAUCAAAUCUUAUUACGCAUCAAAAAAUUCAUACAGGGGAGAAACCAUUUUCAUGUACUGACUGCGGAAAAUGUUUUGCUCUGAAAUCAUAUCUUAUUACGCAUCAGAAAAUUCAUACAGGAGAGAAAAGAUUUUCAUGUUCAGACUGUGGGAAAUGUUUUACUCUGAAACUAACUCUUAUUAGGCAUCAGAAAAUUCAUACAGGGGAGAAAGGAUUUUCAUGCUCUGACUGUGGGAAAUGUUUUACUCAGAAAUCAAAUCUUAUUACGCAUCAGAAAAUUCAUACAGGAGAGAAAGGAUUUUCAUGUUCUGACUGCGGAAAAUGUUUUACUCUGAAAUCAAAUCUUCUUAUGCAUCAUAAAACUCAUACAGGAGAGAAAAGAUUUUCAUGCUCUGACUGUGGGAAAUGUUUUACUAAGAAAUCAAAUCUUAUUACGCAUCAGAAAAUUCAUACAGGAGAGAAAGCAUUUUCAUGUUCUGACUGCGGAAAAUGUUUUGCUCUGAAAUCAUAUCUUAUUACGCAUCAGAAAAUUCAUACAGGAGAGAAAAGAUUUUCAUGUUCAGACUGUGGGAAAUGUUUUACUCUGAAACUAACUCUUAUUAGGCAUCAGAAAAUUCAUACAGGGGAGAAAGGAUUUUCAUGCUCUAACUGUGGGAAAUGUUUUACUCAGAAAUCAAAUCUUACUACGCAUCAGAAAAUUCAUACAGGGGAGAAAGCAUUUUCAUGUUCUGACUGCGGAAAAUGUUUUACUCUGAAAUCAACUCUUCUUAAGCAUCAGAAAACUCAUACAGGAGGGAAAAGAUUUUCAUGCUCUGACUGUGGGAAAUGUUUUACUAAGAAAUCAAAUCUUAUUAUGCAUCAGAAAACUCAUACAGGGGAGAAAGAAUUUUCAUGUUCUAAAUGUGGGAAAUGUUUUAAUCGGAAAUCAAAUCUUAUUACGCAUCAGACAAUUCAUACAGGGGAGAAAGGAUUUUCAUGUUCUGACUGUGGAAAAUAUUUUACUUACAAAUCAAAUCUUUUAAGGCAUCAGAAAACUCAUAUUAAAAGAAAUCAGAGCUUAAACUCCUAAGUGCAGAGGGUGGCAUGUAGUUGUCAAUCACACAAUACCAAGUGCUGAUGAUGACUGCAUGUGACCCCCUGGGGCGUGCAGUUUUUGAGCUGUUUGAGGCCCGUUCUGCACCUCAAGCGUUUAUGAGGUGACCCUAGGGUGGAUUUGAUUUAAAUCACUAGUCAGUAAGACUGAGUUAAAUAAAUAAUGGUUUUAAUUUUUA